UGGCAGCUGUUCGUCUGCAUGUCACGCACAAUCUCGCUUGGCAUACUGGGUUAAGGUGUCAAGGUGUUUAUCUUUGGUUUGCAUCAAUUACAGGGGGUUAUUAUCGAGGUGUUGGCACUAACACCCUGGGUGUAAACAAUCACCUUGACAUGGGCUACCGAUGAUUGGGCUGAACCACUCCGGAAUGGGCUGACUGGAUGGAACACACAAUAUGUGGGACGUGACAUGGGGAAAAGGCUCAGCCCACCGUACACCUGCCUUAGAUUUCCACCUGCAGUUUAUACCCUUGCCAAAACGAGACAUGGCUUGUUUUCUGGCCUAUGCCAUGGGACAAAUUAAAGCAAAGAGGAAGUUCGACAGCAUACCAGGACAAAAACCAAAAGCCAGUCGGUAAACCCAAAACCGGACCAUCGGAUGAAUAGCUACUGGUUGAAGCAAGCUCACUCGGCGGAAGGCAGGCAGCCCAAAUCGGUGUGAAUAGAAUCAUCAUUGGGCCAAGAGUCCAACCAUAAUAGCUAUUAAACAAACACUUAUCCGCGGUGACAAACCUUCAAAAAAAGCAAAUUGGCCCGUUCGGGUGCAGAUUCGCCCCCCGCCUUAUCGUAAUUGACUGCGGAGCAAAUUUACAUGAGAAUGCGCAGGUGUCGAAGAAUUGGUUGUUGCUUCGCACUCUAAACCGAGGCAGCUGGUAAGUCAACAUCAGAUACAUCCCGAUCAUGUACGGGCAACCGCGCUGAUGACGAGCAUUCUCGCUAGACAGUUCGUGAACACACACGCACCGAAUGAAUGAAGGAGCAACCAGCGCAAAGUACAUGCACAUACUUGGAAAAGUACAGUAGGAGUAAUCGACCAAUCAGAUGCCAGUGCACUCAUUUCACUUGGCACAGAAUAAACCUGCUCCACACGAUUUGACAGAUGCACGGCAGUCCGUCUACUGGCCACACUAAAUGGUUAAACGCCGGCAUCUCUCUGUGAUCACCAACCUGUGCCCUAUGUGGUCGACGUCCACGACUUAGGCCAAAUUACCCGUGUUAAGUCUCACCGUAACAACACUCCGCUGGAACCAAACUGUGAUUCAUUCCGUCACAGACUAAACUAUGGUCACGAUGAACAAUUACACCGUCUCGUCGAUGCAGUAACAACGGUGGCGCUGCAUGGAUAUUUGAUCGGUAAUACUCGGUUACAUUGAUGGUAAUUCUGCCAUUCUACUUCUCGAGCCGAAUUUAUUCCCUUCAGUGAUCAAAUCAGGUGGACCUUAAGGAGUUGCUUUUACUACCCGAGAGGGGGACCUGUGUGUCAUUUCAAUUACUCCAGACGAUACAUCAUUGUUCACCCUGUUGCGAGAACUUGUUUCUAUUGAAGGCCAACAUACCAUCAGUACACGACGCAGCAUGGCUGCGACAAGCAGACAGUUCUUCGCCCGCCUUGCUCUGGUUUUAUUUCUAGCCUACGUUCAGCUAUCGCUCGCCAGCAGGUUCCCAUUGGCGCACGAGUUGACGAGCCGAGAAAGGGAUUGUGAUCCGGACUGCCUGAUCGCCAAGCCACGGCCGGUCUGUGGCAUGGACGGACAGACAUAUAACUCUCGCUGCGAGAUCCGAAGAGCUCGGUGCUUCGGCAACUCAGUCCAAAUCAAACACAAGGGACCUUGCGAGGGUCUGACCAAAUGUCAGACGGAGCAGGCAGCGAGCAGGGUACAAGCCUUGACAUCGACGGAGGGCGUGUUCGUACCCCAGUGCGAGGAGGACGGAAGUUUCUCCAAAGUCCAGUGCCACCAGUCCUUCGGCUAUUGCUGGUGCGUUACGGAGGACGGUAAACCUAUACCAGGAUCCUCCGUCAAACAGGCCACCAAAAUGACUUCUCCUCGGCCGUCGUGCAACGGUGAAAUCGCGCCACAGUCAGCAACAUUUCCUCCAACAAAACGGCCGCUUCUAGAUACUAAAGGCUGUAAUCAAGAUGCGAGGAUAGAAUUCAACACAAAUCUCAAAGACAUUUUCCGGGAGGAGUUCCACCGUCUACCCACGACGCAACCCUCGGAAACGACGGGCGGAGUGCAGAGAAUAGAAGACUCGCAGAAAAGAGUCAUCGAGUGGAAAUUCACGGAGCUGGACAGCAACGCGGACAUGGAGUUGGACAGGAAAGAGUUGAACUCCCUGAGAAGGAUGAUGAAGAAGAUCUUGAAGCCGAAGAAGUGUGCCAAGACGUUUGUUGAACAUUGCGAUUUGGAUCAGGACGGGCGAAUCGCUAAGACAGAGUGGUCUUUUUGUCUGGUGGAUAAUAUUUCGUUCCAUCUCUUCUUAUCCCUCAACUCAGAUGAGCAACCAGAAGAACCAACAGGUGACACAAACUUACAGGAAGGUCUCCCUCCUCCAGUUUUCCCGGCGCCACAUUUGCCAGCCACGCCCUUCCCUCCAAGAGUUGACCCCCCGAUAGUCUCAUGCGAAGCGGAGAGACAACGGGCCACGAAACGGGCCGAGUUACUCCCGAAGAGCGGCGUGUUCAUUCCGCAGUGCCACGAGGACGGAGCGUACAAGGCCGUGCAGUGUCACGACGAAGCCGGCUACUGCUGGUGUGUCUACGUGGACACCGGCAGGCCCAUACCCGGUACGUCUACAGCGGCCUCCACGCAAGAGUUCAACUGCAACGCGGACGCUAUGUCCAGGGGACCUGCUGGAAUCAGAGUCUUUACAGAUUGUAGCGGUAACAAGAAGGAAGAAUUCUUUGAGAUUUUACUGGACAUGUUUACUGCAGAGAUGUCGAUAGAUGACUCUAUAAUAGAUGGCAGUACGUCGCCCGAACGAGUGGCGCGCUGGAAGUUCCAGCAGAUGGACGUGAGCGGUAACAACCUGCUGGAGAGGAGGGAGUACCUGGAGUUCAAAGAGGAACUCAAGAAGAUCAACGCCGCCUCCAAGAAAUGCCGGCGGAACUUCAUCGAGUUCUGCGACGAGGACGACAACAAGGACUUGUCUAUGGGAGAAUGGCUGACGUGCCUGGAAGUGAGAACCGGGAACCCUUCACAACUUCCAUCUGGCCCCAACCCUUUCAUUGACCGACUGAUGUGAUGGGAAAGGGUGCUGGUCCUCGUAUAAGGGAAUGCAGAGUAAGGACUCUCUUAAAAUGUUAUAGCAACUGGCUGGCCGAUCUUAAAGGAACGUUUUUUGACAUGACUUUCAAGAAAUCCUCUCCAACUUUCCAAGCAUUAUCACGGCUUCGUCUAGUCAGCAGGCCAGCCAGAAUUGUAUUGUAACGACAGUGACGUUCAGUUAACAGACUAUUUAAAACACUCCUGAUAUGGAAGACUUGUGGAUCCAGUGGAAGCGGUGUUGCUAGGGUCAAUUAGAGACAAGUGCUUGAUGAAACGUUGAAGUGUUCAAGUUUGUAAAGUGGUUGACGAUGGAGCACUGUGCACGCAGACUUAUUUAGUUGCUUGUAAUGACAGCGGUAUCGGUAAUGCUAGGAAAAACUAACGAUUUUGGAAGUUAAGUGUGGAGCUGUGGAGUGUAUCUUGAUUCGCCGUGAUAAGAGCGCCAUGCACAGACGGUGGCCGCCGAAAGUCGUGGAAUGUCUUCAAACAAAGUCAAGCAAGGAUGCAGUUGGAUUUUGUUGUUACUGAGAAGCUAUGUUAGUCAGAAAGCCAAGUUGUUGUUUGCGAGGAGAGGUACAUCGCUUGAGGCUGGGUUUAUCGCAGCUGUGGAGUGCAAGAUUAUCCGCUGAGUGCUGGGGAUCAGUAGACGGAACAAGUGGACAACGUAGACAGCCACUUGAACACACACACACAAAUACAUGUAGUUCUGUUUUAAAGGGCUGUAGAUCGACCAUUUGCGUUGCAGCCAUAGUUGAGGUACUUCCUUUUGUUAAUAGUGGAUAGCAGCAAGAAUAGUCAUCUUGUGCAUUCUUUAAUUGGUAAUGAAUGAAAUUAACAACAGACACCUCAAUGAUGGCUGCUUCAUGCAAUGGGUCUAUUCAAGACAUGUUGCUCGUCUGUCGCAAUUGGAUGGCAAUUUUCAGUGUCAUGUUGACUCUUCGGUAUUUCUGAAGGAUUUUUUUUUAUGUAAACAGCGCCCAGCAUUGUGACCAAAGGUAUUUUUUUUUUACAUGGUAUAACAGCAUUUUGAUAUAAAGUGUAAGCAAAUGUUUAGGCCUAUACAGUGAGGCAUUUAAUGAAAACUCUUUGAUUCAGUGGUAAAUAAUACAUUUUUGCAUAUACAAUGUAUCUUAACCUUUUACGCCUGUUCCAAUGCAUCGCAGAGAACUACCUUUGCACUCACCAAAGUUGAUAUGCCAAAUCAAGUAGAUAAUUUUUAGAUCAUUAUAAAGUUAAUGCAUCUUAGCUUAUACCAUUGUAUUGAAUGAGCACGGCAGCAGUUGCAGUGUUUUAAGGUAGAUAAGUAUCCACUGAAAGGCAUCAUUUCUAUCUAAGCAUAAUCAAUCGUUCUGGUUAAAAGGUUCAUUUCAUGAAAUAAAAGCAUAACCAACACAACAUGGUCAAGCUAUCAAUAAAAAGUUAACGGCGA